AAGCAUGGAGCACAGGCGGACAGACACUUGACCAUCAUUUUACAUCCCUGCAAGGCUGCUAGCUGGAAGUGCCAUGGUGACUCUGAAUCACCUCAGUGUAAAGGACCCAGAUGAUGGCUCUGCGUUGCUGCCUGAGGGUGCUGAGGUUGUAAUACUGUCCCCUGUGUCACGUAGACAAAAUGUGAAAGCAAAGGCAGACUCCAAGGAAUUUUUCAUCAGCAGGAGACUGAACUUUGCCUUUAGUCUGAUGUUGCUGAUUGGCUCCUACUCUGCAAUUCUGAUUCCAGCCUAUUUCCCCCUGGAUACGGUGGCAGUUGCCAGUAACUACCAAUACCCAAAAGACAGGGGUUUAUUCAAUCGGUCGGCCUCUCUGCUCUCAGGCCCCUGUCAGCCUCGAUGGUGUGUGAACCACCUGAAGCCUCUGUCCUGCUCUGCCAGCCUCCUGGACGUCCCCGUGUUUGUGCAGCCGGAGAGGCCGGUGCCCUGGGAUCUGUCCCCUCCUCAGGGGCUCCAGGGCAGUGAGGAGCAUCUGGCCCUGGCUCUGGCCUCUCUGCCUCAGCCUGGUCUACCCCCCUCGCUGAAGACAGAAGGAAGCUGCAGACGCUGUGUGGUGGUGGGAAGCGGAGGGGUUCUCCACGGGAGCCAUCUUGGAUCCCAUAUAGAUCAGUAUGACAUCAUCAUAAGGCUGAAUAAUGCUCCGGUCCCUGGUUUUGAGAGAGACGCUGGUUCCAGAACCACAAUCAGGCUCAUCUACCCAGAGGGAGCACCGCGCUCUGCAAAUGAGUACAAACAGACCUCCAUGGUAGCUCUGGUGGUCUUUAAAAGCCUGGAUCUGGAUUGGCUCACUUCCAUCAUCACCAAACAACCUCUGAGCUUCUGGUCCAAAAUGUGGUUCUGGAGGGAGGUGGUGGAUGAAAUUCCCCUGAGGCCAGAGAAUUUCCGGAUUCUCCACCCAGAGAUUAUUCACAAAACAGGACAGGCUCUACAGGAAUAUGCAGCGAAACAGGGAAAUAUGGUGCCAACAAUAGGAGCCAGUGCUGUGGUCAUGGCUCUGCAGCUGUGUGACCAGGUGAGUCUGGCAGGGUUUGGGUACGACAUGCAGCACCCAGAGGCCAGACUUCACUACUAUGAGUCCAUACGCAUGGAAUCGAUGAAAGCCCAAGUCGUGCAUGAUGUCAGUGCUGAGAAACUCUUUUUGAGGGAUCUGGUAUCUGCAGGAGCUGUGACUGACCUCACAGGAGCCCUAUGAGUCAGCUGUGCAGAGGCCGAUCGUACACUGAACUCUACAUGCACUGCUGCUUACUUUAAGUCCACAUGGGGCCCUAUGUAACUGUGUCCUGCUGCAAGAAUCCUACAUGGUGCAAGCUGACCUUUAAGACGCCUGCAGUCUCUGGGAAUGACUAAUGAGUGAGCACAUUACUGUACACCAUAAAGGUUAGACUAACUUAUGACUGUGGAGGCAAAUGUAGCAUACAGCAUAUUUAUAUUCUAUAAAUUAUACCAUUAACUCUUAUAUGUGUUGGAAGUGUCGUCAGACACCCAGCAGGUGGUUAGGUUUGAUUAAUAUAAAUGCAACGGUUAAUGUAAAGACAACUGAUUUUCUUCAC